AUGGCUAACCUGAUUGCUGUCGCGCAGAGCAUUGCCGUAGCACUGCCCUUCUUGGCACCCUCGCUGUUCGUCACGGCGUCGCAGGUCGAGGAAGUUCAGCGCUUCUUCCAGUCUGACCGAGGGGGUCAGGAGGGUGGGCAUACCAACAACUGGGCUGUACUCGUCUGUGCUUCCAAGUUUUGGUUCAACUAUCGGCAUAUGGCCAACACCCUGGGCAUGUACCGCACUGUCAAGCGUCUCGGUAUACCCGAUAGCCACAUCAUCUUGAUGCUCGCCGACGACGCAGCCUGCAACACGCGCAAUAAGUCACCUGGCUUCGUUUGGGCCGACCCAGGUCGCGCAUUGGACCUGUACGGCGAGAGCGUUGAAGUCGACUACCGCGGUUACGAGGUCAGCGUCGAGGGCCUGCUCCGCUUGCUCACUGGGCGUGUCCCACCGCACACGCCCCGAUCGAAGCGUCUCGAGUCAGAUGCGCGCUCCAACGUCUUUCUCUACAUGACGGGCCACGGCGGCGACGAGUUUCUCAAGUUCCAAGACUACGAAGAGAUUAGCGCCUUUGACUUGGCCGACGCCAUUGAACAGAUGUGGGAGAAGCGGCGGUACCACGAACUCUUCUUCAUGAUCGACACCUGCCAGGCAAAUACCAUGUACAGCAAAAUCUACAGCCCAAACGUGCUGGCCACGGGGAGCAGCCACAAGGACCAGAACUCCUACUCGCACCAUUCAGACGACGACUUGGGCGUGGCACUUUCGGAUCGCUUCACGCUCGAGGUUCUCAACUACAUGGAGAGCAUCAACAAGACUAGUGAUGCCACCAUGGCCGAUCUGUUUGACAGCUACGAUCCCUCAGUCAUUCACUCGGACCCAGGCGUGCGGACAGACUUGUUCAAGAGACCCAUCGACCAGGUCAAAAUCACCGACUUUCUGGGCGGUGUCGCCCAGGUCGAACUUACCCAAGAUGUGGACUUGACCUACUAG